ACCCACACUGACUGAUCAUCAUCACUCUGACUCCCCAUCAGCAACGAGAGACAGUCAGGCUGCAUUCUCACUGAGAAAAAGAUGGAGGAAAUGGUGAUGGAGAAUAUAUUCCUGCUGGUGCUGGUCACUCUGCUCAGUGUUGUGCAAAAUGCAUUUUUUGCUCAGAAAGUUGAGAAGGAGUGUAAGGCACAUGAUGGCAAAACACCUGCAUUUGAACGAUUAUCUUGCGCCAAUCGAAACUGUAUGGAUGCCUACCCAACCUUCCUGGCAGUAAUGUGGUGUGCUGGAAUCUGUCUGAGUCAAGCUCCAGCAGCAUUUGCUGGGAUUGUGUAUCUUGUAGCCAGGCAGAAAUACUUUGUUGGAUAUAUGGGACAGACGUGUCAAAGCACUCCAGGUUUCCUGUUUGGAAAGCGUGUGCUGUUCUUCCUGUCCCUGAUGUGUGUGGUGGGUAUUCUGAACUACCUGCUGGUGAUGUAUGGGAGCAGUGACUAUAAAGAGUAUAUCCAGACCAUCACAAAGGCUGCUUCCACUCUCCUGCUCAUUCCUUAGCCAAUGCCAAAACUGUACAUUCACAUGCAGUUAUAUUAUAUACAUUACUGGUGAAAAGUUAUUAAACACUCACCAUGUAAUCAACCAAAAUUUUUUUCAAUAUCUUAGAAAUCAUGCAAACAAUAGAGUGUAAACACCUAUUUAAACAAAUUGCACUGUCAAGUAUGGUCUGUUUGCUAUUAUUGCAAUCAAUAAUCCAUUUAAUCUAUGGCUCCAUUGUUAAUUACAUUAUAUUAAAAUGUCUCUUUGACCCUGUCUAUUAUUCUGUUGGAUUGUUUAUUUUGUACUAAAGAUGUUGACAUGUGAGUGUGAUUUGCGGAAAAUUAUUGACAUUUGAUUCAUAUUCUUCUUAUUAUUAUUUCUUAAAAGAGUUAUCAUACAGGCUUUACUGCGAAGUUAAGGCUGCGGGUCCACUGUAGAACUGUCCAAUAAGAUUCCUUUCCAGCAGCCUAUAUUGUUCAUACAUAUAUGAAUAGUCUCGUGGUGACAGCCUCCUAUGACAGAGAAAUGCAGCCCACCUCCGCUGCAGCCUGGACUUUGGAACACAGCUACAGUGUUUUGGUCCUCAUUAUUACUGUAUUACAUUAAGCAAGUAAAGUUAUCCAUUUCACCUUUUUAAUGUUUGUAAUGUAAGGUCAUUUGUUAUAGCUGGUCAGUGUAUAUGUAUUUAGGACAAAUUUCUAAUGAGCCAACAUACUUUUGAAAUUAUUGCAUGUUUAUUGUGUAUUAAAAUAUACAAUAUAAAUGAUGAAUUAUAUCAAAUGAAUAAACAGAAUAUGAUUUAU